AUGGAGAAAUCCACCUCGUCCCCGAUACCGGAUCUGGAGGCAACCUCCCCAGAUCUGCGAAAGGAGUCAUCGAUCAAACGAGGAUGGAAACAAGAACUCAACCCCAGCCAUGCUGAUCUGGUCUGUUUGCUACUAUGUUUCCUGACUGGUCUCUGCGACAGCAGCGCCUACAAUGCGUGGUCAUGUUUCUUAGGAAUGCAAACUGGUAACACCAUCUUCCUUGGCCUCGGUGCAUCCAACCAACCAGUCAGUAAACCAUGGGGAUGGCUAAAGUCCCUGGUGUCAAUCACCUCCUUCUUCACCGGCGCAAUGGUCUUCUCCAUUAGUAUGCGCACGGUCGGCUCUUUGCGCCGCGGAACCCUCUUCGUCUCCUUCCUCGUCCAAACAGCCCUUAUCAUUAUCGCCGUCGCACUCAUUCAAGCUGAUCUUAUUCCCCACUCCUCCAACGAUUCCAGCCUCGAUGGCGGGCCCCUGUUCCUGGAAUUGAUCCCUAUCGCUCUCCUGGCUUGCCAAUCUGCUGGUGGUAUGACCUGCAGUCGAGCACUGGGUUACAAUGAGAUCCCGACUGUCGUUCUUACCAGUGUCUACUUUGACAUUGCUUCCGAUCCUAAGCUUAUCGAAAAGCCCACUGCGAAUGUUAAGCGGAAUCGCCGUAUUGGAGGUGUGGUGUUUUUGCUUGUGGGUGCUAUUGUUGGAGGUUGGUUGAGUCGCAGCAGUGGUGGUAUGGAAUCUGCGCUUUGGAUGGCAGCAGGAAUGAAGUUUGUUACUGCUAUUGGGUGGUUGUUCUGGAAGGCGAAGUAA